AUGCCGUGGUUGCAGGGGGAGGACGGGCCACUGGAGCGCCGGGUCUCCACGACAUUCGAGGAGGGUCUCCUGUCCGAUGUGGUGGAUGAGGAAGCCAUGCGGUACUGGUUCAGCGAGCCGCAAGACGGCUGGCCCACGGAGAAGCGGCGCGUGAAGCUGUUGAAGCAGGCACGCGAGGCCGAGCAGCGGGUGAGCGAUAGCGCAUGGCACGAGGAUGCGCAGGGACGAACUCCCCUUCCCGGGGUGGUGGAGGGGCUCGCCGUCUCGGGCACCGUCACCUCGCAGAUGAGGUACCUGGGCGUGCUGGUGGACUUUGGCGCAGAGUACGACGGCCUCAUUCCCCUGAACGACGAGGCGACCUGGGACGCCCUGGGCAACCGCCUGCGGGUGGGGUCGUGUGUGGAGGCUCGGGUGCAGCGCGUGAGGGACGCGCGCCUCUUCCGCUACCCCGUCCAGCUGGCGCCCGUGGACCCCGCCCUCCAGGCCCUCCUGCCGCGGCCCGAGAGUCACAUGGCCCCCAUGGACCUGCGAGACGUGCGCAUGGACCUGGAAACCCUGGCACGCGUCAGUGGCAGGCCGUAUGAGGCGGAGAACUACACCUUCCCCACUCAGUCGCAGCUGGACGAGGAGGAGGAUGGGCCCGAUCUGGGCGAGGAGGAGGAGGUGGAGGUCCUGACCGGGGAGGAGGAGGACGAGCUGGACUCCAUCGCCGCCGCCCUGUCCAGCUGA